UGAUAUAAGACAGUGAGAAGAGAAUGAGGAAAAAUAAAAUAAAAAUGUUAUCUCAAGGCUCACGUCGCAAAUUUUUGCAUUGUGUUUUAUAAUUUUUAUUUUGUAGUACAAACUUGAAACUACUGUUUUCAAGAUAAUAAGUAACAAACUGUAGUGAAAUCUGUAUUAUCGGAAAAUGUCAAAAAUGUUUAGUGCAAAGUUUUUGGAUUUAAUACGGAAUUUAAAAUCAGAUGCUAUGCCUCGGCCACCGCGAUCACAGCAGUUUUGUGAAAAUGUAGAUGACACACAAAAUGAGAAUAUAAACAGCUCUAAUACUCCAGAAGAGCAUAUCUUUUCUAAUGAUAAUGAAAAGAAAGGCAAAAAGAAGUCAAAGUUCAAAAUGUCGUUUUCUCAACCAAAUACCGAAGAUCCGGUUUACGAUGAUAGCGAGGACAGGCGGAGUAGUAGUGCAAGUAGUGUUGUUCAUACACAAACAAAUGGAAAUGUGAUAAAUAUUGUAAAUGCCAGCAAUGUACGAUGGGGUAAUGAAUUUGUGUAUUAUCUAGGACCUGUAAAUGGGCAUAGUGCACCACCCAAUACACCAAUGUAUGAAGAGGAGAAGGUGGAAAAAGAUAAUCUGAUAACAUUGUUAAUGGAAUCCAAAGAAAAGCCAGAGCAUGAUUAUAUUAAUUAUAUUUCAAACAACUUGGGCAAAAACUGGUACAGCAUAUUCAAAAGUCUUGGCUAUUCUAGAGGACAGAUUGAGACAGCAGAGAUUGAUACGGCUAAGAAUGGUGUUGCUGAGGCUCGGUACAAACUAUUGUUGGAUUGGAUCCGCAAUGAUGAUGGUGGUACCUUGGGAAAACUUGCAACAGUUUUAUGGACUGAAGGUGAACGACAUAUUGUCAAGGAAUUAGCGGCUAUGUAUCACAGCAACAAACACAUUUAGAUGCAUUACUCUUAUCACAAGUAGCUUAUUAUUAUCACAUUUUGUUUAUAUUUUUUUUUCUAUUUGUAUUAUGUAAGUAAUUAGUGCCAAUUAUUUUUAAGUACUUAAUAUUUAUAUUCUGCUAUAUGUUCCAAUAAUUUUCGCAUAAGUUAUUAUGCAAUUUAUUCAUUUGUGAUAUACGUGAGUUUAUGUAAUAAGUAAAAUUAUUUUGCAACAUUUGGAUAGACAGCCUUCUAGAUGCUCUGUCUAACUGUGAAAAAUGCAUUGGAUUGUGGAUUGUAAUGAAAGUAAUGUUUUUUAAGGGACGGUAACAUCUUCAUCACUUGAAACAAUCUCUGUUUUUCUUGACCUUAGUUCAAAAUAAACGGGCUAAAAAAGAAUAUAUUUGUAAUCUUAGAAUAAUAACAUUCUAAGUUUGUAAUUAUUUUAUUUUAAAUUUAUAACUAAAUUUUUUAAUAUAUUUUAAAUUUGCAUCACACAGUAGGUACUUCACAAAAUACUACUUUAUUUGUGUGCUCCUCAUGUCGACAUUAUUAUGUUUUUAUAAAUUUGCAUUCAAUUAACUCUAAUCAUUAUAAGAUAUAAUUAAUUUUGCCUUCGUUUUUAAUUCUAGAAGGGAAAGUUCUAUUCUAGUCGACUCCAAAAUAUUAUCUAUUUAAGUACAUGCCUGAAAAGAACUGGGGCAAGAAAUUUAGUAGGCUUCUUUUUUUUUAUAAAAUAUUGUCACAAUAUAACAUUAUACUUAACCGAGUAGUUUUGAGUUUGUGGUGUUAACAAUAUGAUUAUCACAGCUUUUAGCAAAUUCGCUAAUAUAUUUCUUGUAAUAUAUUUCUAUAGUAGGUAUCUAUACAUUCUAUAUUUACAGUUCUUAAUAAAACCUCUUAUUCUCACUUAUAUCUUUGCCUCGCACGAUUGUGCUAAGUUACUCGUAAAUACUGCGCAUACAUUGAUUCCAUGCUCUAUACAUUACUCGCGACCAAUCCUAAGUUCUGUAACUUGUUUAUAGAGAGGUAACUAGUUUAUUGUAUAAAAAAUUAGCUUUCAGUGAGAAUAAUGUACUGUUAAUUUAUAAGUAUCUUAGGGUAUGUUCCGAUAUGCACUGCGACCACUGUACACUGUGACGUCAAUUUAGUAUACCGUGAAGCCGUUCCUUUAUAGCCAUUUAUAUUGGUUACUAUUUAAAACGGAACGCAAUCCCGGAUACUGUCAGCCGCAUUUUUUGACGCAGCAUUCAAAUUAAAGUUUUCUAGUUCAUUAAAGAAAACUGUUGUUGGAGUACUGUCAAAUUAAAAAUAUUUGGGAUCUAACUGUAGGUAUUGUUUAUAAAACGUUAGGCAUUCGAGUGGUUUUGACUGAUCACGUGAUCAAAGUACUGCGAGUACACUCGAAACGCCAGUGCUCACAGUAGAAUAUGGCGGCGAUUUAUGACGUCAUAUAUUUCCCUAGAGUACUGCGGCAUUAUACUGGCAGUCCAUAUCGGAAUGAAUUUUUCUACAGUGAUAGCACUGUGCAGUGCUCGCAGUGCAUAUCGGAACAUACCCUUAAUUUAGUGUAAGUGACUAUGAUAUAUGACCAAAGACUUACAAUAUACUAGCGAAGACUAAAAUUGUGUACAAGAGAGAAGAACUUCUCUAACGGAGUUACAGCAAGAUAGAAAAAGAAGCGUAUCUAUUGUAACUGUUAUUAAUACAUAUUUCUCCGUUAUUUAUACAUAACAGUUAAAGCUCCAUAGUAUUUUGAUUAUUCAAUUAGCUAACACACACAUUGAAAAAUCAAAAUAAUAUUCGUUAUCGGGCUUUCUGGUCGUCUUUACGCCAAUCUUUAUAUAUAUAAUUCUUCUGUACAUGUGUUGACAGUGAACUCCUCCUAAACGGCUGGACCGAUUUGAAUGAAGUUUUCUGUGUGUGUUCAAGUGGAUUCGAGGAUGGUUUAGAUUCACAAUUACUGAACUACCUCCUAAAUGGCUGGACUGAUUUUGAUGAUUUUUGUAGAGUGUUCCAGUGAAUUUGAGAUUGGUUUAGAUUCUCAAUACAGUCGACAUAUAAUUCUCCUACGCAUGUAAAUGAUCUCCUGCUAACGUCUGUUUUGUAAUUUUUCAAAUUUAACACGUCUAUACAGGACAGGACAGGACGGGUCCGCUAGUAUAUUAUAAGACUAUCUCUGCGACCAUAAAGUAAUAUAAAUAAAUAGAUAAACUUAGGAGUUAAAUUAUAAAGUACAAACUGCUAGAUAAUAUUCCUCUUCGAUAGACCUACCCAGAAUGUAAUCGGAGAUUUAUGUAAAACGCAAACAAUAUAGCCAAUAGAGACAAAAUUCUAAAUUACUUUGUUUGAAAACAAUUCCAUUUGACAGUCGUUAUGAUGUUGAUUUGAUGGAUUUUUGAUAGAUCAGUUUGAUACGAGCCGAAAUUAAAUGGAUGCAGUUUGAAGUAUUUUAUAAUAUUUAUUAUUACUUUUCGACGAAAUUUAUGUCCGCUACUACUCACAGGGAUAUUUUUGUUUUAAUCCAUCAAAUUCAAAGUCGAGUCAAGAUCGAGAUUAAUGAUUGUAUUCGCUUGAACCCACUGACCUCUACUAUAUACCACUGGUCUGGCGGCUGUCAAAGUGCUUUUAUGCCUGUUUGAUAUUCGCCAUUUUGGCGCUGUUGGCCAUGUAGCGAGAGUCUGCGGUACAAAAACUAGUGAUGACAACCUGAGCAAACAUUGAUAGUGAGAAAAGUGUCAAAAUUAGUUCUAUGGACGCCCGCAAGUGGCGCUUCAGAUAGGUACAAAAUGUUGCUGUCAAAGAUAUCGAACAGCCUGUCCAGUGGUAUUUAUACAGGUCAGUGCUUGAACCGAAUUCAUUAUAAGUAUUUACUUUUGGGUUUACGCGAAAUAAAUCAGCGCUCAUAUUUUCACCCCGGUUCAAGGUUUGCGGUAAGGACUGAA